AUGGCUAUUAACGCCCAAAUUGGUGUAAAGUUCAACUGCUUCCUAAUAGAGCUCAUUCGCGCCUCGUCCUCGAAGCUCUACGAGGGGCGCAGCUGUGCGGCGUCAUUUAUCGCGCAUAACCUGACGAUCAUCUCGAGCAUGCAACGAGUGAAGACCGACCGAUUGAAGUCCUCCAGCGGAGAUCCUGGCCCGCGUGAUGCACGCUACUCCGGGCCCAAAACGGCGGCGCCCGCUUUGAUCGCCGCGACUUUCGGCGAGAUAACCCGUGACCCGAAAUUCCCUCGUUUCAGCGUCACUCCGGACAACGACACGGAA